CUAGAUGUCAGUGUAGUUCUGUGCGCGAUUGUACCUGGCCGUGUGAUGGUGCAUAAGUGGAAUUAAGUGAAUACGUGAUUUUUUUUGCUACUUAACAGUUGAUUAAGAUUAGGCACCUAUAUCCACCGAUUCCAAAUCAAUGGAUAAAAUACGCCUGGUCGUGCCGGAAGGACUAAAUCCAAAAACUGCUGCUUGAUAUGUAAAUGAGAGAUGUCUCGAUGAUCCGAAAACUAGGAUGCGAAAAAACUUGCGAAGUACAGAAAAAAGUAGGCAAGAGGUUUCCGGGCUCCGUCCGAUGGUUAACGGCUGAGGAAGAAGCUGGAAGACUGGGCAGGGUGAAAAUGCCUCGAAUAAAACAGAUAACCAUGGAGAAAGAGUAUGAGAAGAACCCCGACAUAUCACCAGAGGACAUCGACAAGCUGAGGCAGUGGCUGAAGACACAGCCGCACCUGCCAGGGGACGCCUUGACGGACCUGGACCUGAUGAUCACGUUCCACUGCUGCGAGCGCAGCCAGACGGUGUCGCGGCAGGUGCUGGACCUCCACUACACGCUGAAGACGCUCUUCACCAGUUUCUUCAAAGAGAGAAGCUUCGACAGCCGCGUUCAGUUCUGUCUCGACAAAAUAUUGUUUGCUCCCCUGGCAUGGCCCACGCUCGAGGGUUACCGCGUGGUGUACCUCAGGGUGCUGGACCCCGACCCUCGCUGUUUUAUCUUCAACGACUGCGUCAGGACCUUUAUGAUGAUGUUCGACCUCUGGCAGUACGAAGAAGGCACCUGGCCUGGGUUUGUUAUGAUGAUAGACAUGGACCAGACGGUGAUCGGCCACAUCACGCGGCUGGAGGUCAUGUCCAUCCGGCAAGUGCUGUAUUUCUUACAGAACUGCAUGUUGAUAAAACUAAAAAGCGUGCACUUCCUGAACGCGCCGUCGUUCAUGGACAAACUGAUGAUGAUGCUGCGGCCCUUCCUGAACAAGACACUGAUGGACCUAAUCAACAUCCACCAGGUCGGCUCCGACACGCUGGAGAAGUUCGUGCCGAGGAGGAUACUGCCCAAAGAAGACGGCGGAGAGUACAAAACUCGCAAGGAGAUUCAAAGUGAAUUGAUAGAACGUUUGAAAGAGAACCAGGAGUUCUGGUCGGAGGAGAGGCACAAGCGAGUGAACGAGAAGAAGCGGCCGGGGAAGGCGGCCACAAUCGAGGACCUGUUCGGGAUCCAGGGCAGCUUCAAGAAGUUGGACAUUGACUGAGGAUUAAAUGGUUUAUAGCA